AUGGUUACAGCUAGGGCAAACGACAAGCAAAUUACCCGCAACACAUCAUGUUUCAAAAAGGCUCCCGAGCUUAGCUACCAAAAGGAAGAAAGACCAACAAAAUCAGACAAAAAAACUUCGGAAAGUGAUAAUCAUCAACCGAAUAACGGCGUGGACAACGGUAACGAACCGUCAGGAAGCAAUCGCACAUUAACAAGUAACAAAUCUGAUACAGCCACUCCGACAGCGCCAGAAGGAGGAGAAGUAAGAGUGGGACAGCGCCCUACACGUACUCGGAGAGAACCAGCUCGUUUAAAGGACUUUGUACGAUAUUGA